AUGAGUUAUAAUGUUGUCUGCACGGGUCGCCGUGCAGGGAAGCCAGACGUUGUGGUAUCCUUCCGAGAGCCAGAAGCCAACCUCGACAAAAGCAUGUGCCAGUUCGCAAAGGCCAUCCACGGCUACCUCGUGCCCCGGAUAUCUCACGCUGGCAUAGUCGAUGGUGCAGAUCCGCCACUCACCAUCUACACCAUGCCGUACCUGCAGGGAAUCUCGUGUCUUGAUGCUCUUACUUGUCAGGUGGAGAUGGGUGAAGUAGCCGAGGCCAGGCAUACUUGCUUCAUUCCAUGUCGCCACCUUGCCAGGUAUUUCGCUCGAUGUUUGUCCAAGCCGCUGCAUACGACCACAGAAGCACAAACAGAGACUCUAGAUGGAAUUCAACGCAGACUCGCUUUAGUACGAUCCUCGUCAUUAUCCAUUUUCGAAACCCCGUCAUGGUGGGAAUUGGAGCGCAGCCUCCCUGCUCUCUUUGCGCGGCAUUAUCCACAAGUUCUUACGCAUGGUGAUCUCUCUAGGACGAACAUCUUGGUUGAUGAGGACACCUACGAAAUCACGGGUAUUGUCGAUUGGUCUCUUGCAUCGAUACUGCCUUUCGGCAUGGACUUGGACUGCCUGUUUCUGACGACGGGAUACAUGGAUCGCCAUGGGUGGCACGACUACGCAUGCCGCUCGCGGUUGCAUGAGGCUUUCUGGACCGAGUUCUGGUCUGCCUCGCAGGUCAGGGAUGAUGUGCGGCAAUACAAAAUUCGCGAGACGGCUGAGCGGGUGGCCAAGAUUGGGGCCAUUCUGCGCUACGCUUUCCAACGCAACGCCGACGGCUCACCUUCCGAGACGUUGAUGUCCGAUGGAGCCUUGACAUGGAGCUAUCUUCAGGCGUGGCUUGCUACUUAG